AUGCUGGCACUGUCCGCGGGGCGUCUCCGGAGUCCCAGUGACCCAUCAGGUACACAACGAAAGAAAGCAAAAGCAAAAGCACCGGUGCAAUUCACUCAGGUAGAGGAAGAAGCCGAUAUUACUACGAUCAACGAUGAGGUGGAAUUUGGAAAGUGUUACCAUACUGUGGAAGAAGACUUGCUAGACGCAAGUCACGAAGCAUAUCAAUCAUGUCUCCACGAACUCGAAAUUUCUAGAGUACACCUCGACUCUCUUCUUGCUGAUACGUCGUCAACCCUCGAACUCUUGUCGAGCCUCUCCAAAUCAUUCCAAGCUGUCGACCUGCAGACAUCUACGUUUCAGAAGCAAUGUGAAGGACUGUUAACCGCGCAAGCAAAGAAUACUCGCCUGGCAGAUGAUAUUAGGGAUAACCUUGUAUAUUACGAGUUUCUGGACCCUGCUUCUCGCAAGCUCAAUGCUCCAGGUGCAGGGAAGACAGUCCGCAACAGUGAUUUCUCAGAUAUGCUGAGAAAACUUGACGAGUGUUUGGAUUAUAUGGAGUCUCAUCCCGAGCAAAAGGAGGCGGAAACUUACCGCUCCAGAUACCGGUUGCUAUUGACACGUGCGUUGACACUUAUCCGUGGAAACUUUGUAGCUGCACUGCGAGAGACGGCGUCCGGGGUAUCGAAGAGAAUUGCAGACAAGCAGCUCAAUGACACCACAAUGUCAGCCUUAUUGUAUGCGAAAUUCCGCAUCGGAGCUGCUGAAAUGAAACAGACUGGAUUAGAGAUCCAAAAGAGAGCUGUCCCGCCAGUUGAUCCAGAGCAGGGAACCGAAGCGGAGUAUCAAAGUCUUAUGAACGAGUUACACAUAAGCUUUGCUGCAACACGAGGAAAGCUUAUUAUCCCACUAGCGCGAAAAAAGCUCGCUAGCAUUGCGCAAGCCCCUAGCACUUCUAAGGACUUGGUAGCGUUCGCUAGAGCCAGUAUCGGCUACGUACGUGGGGUGUGUCUAGACGAGUUUGAACUUUGGGGCGAAUGGUUCCAUGGUCAAGCAGGCUUAUAUGAUUUCUUAGAGUCCAUCUGUGAGCCUCUUUAUGAUCAUUUGAGGCCUCGGAUCAUCCACGAAACGAACUUGGUCAAACUCUGCCAAUUGUGCACAUUGCUACAAACUCGUUAUAUGUCUGAUCCAGAAGAUGAGACAGAAUAUAACGAUCCAAAUCAACUGGAUUUCUCCGUCUUGAUCCAGCCUGCUCUUGCAGAUGCACAGACUCGUCUGGUAUUUCAAGUGCAAGGUAUUCUUCGUAGCGAAAUCGAGAGAUACCGUCCAAAGCCAGAGGACUUGGAUUAUCCGACUCGAAUUCAACAAAUAUCUUCCACUGCUAAGGGCAUUCCUCUGUCGGGUCGAAAAGGAUCCGCGCUGCCAAAGACCCCUACGAUCGUUGACGAAGACACUGAUUCUCCAACAGAAAAAGACUCUCUUUGGGACAUUGAGACUCAAGCCACAUUUCAGGCCUGGUAUCCCACAUUGCGAAAAGCCAUUUGGCUGCUCAGUCGUAUCUAUAGGCUAGUCAACUCAACCGUUUUUGAUGACCUCGCGCAUCAAAUUGUCCAUCAGACGACAGUCUCACUCCACCAAGCAAGCACACAGAUAUCAAACAAACAUUCUCCUACGGACGGUCAAUUAUUCUUGAUCAAACACCUUCUCAUCCUCAAACAGCAGAUCGUCGCGUUCGACAUUGAGUAUGUCACACCCGACAUAUCACUUGAUUUCUCUGGAGUCACGAAUACUUUCUGGGAGAUUCGCGAACGUGGGGGUCUCUUCAACACGAGCAAUCUUAUGCGCCUAGUGGGCGGUGGUCUUUUACCAAAAGUCGUCGAAAAUAUGCUCGACGCGAAAGUCGAACUUGACGGCAGACUGCGGACGGUAAUCAACGACUUUACCAACAAUUUCGCUACUCGUAUGACUUCGACUUUACCCACAAAAUUCAUAGAAAAGGGAAACAUGGCGGAUGGAGGUGCAAUAAGUCCUGCUUGCCGCAGCAUUGAGGAAGAAGUACCCCUAUUACGUAAAGCUCUGGAUGACUAUCUGGAAGAUACACGCACAAAAGAAACUCUAGUUGGUGCAGUGCAAGACCGCGUCAUACAAAUUUACGAGGAAUUUUAUGAAGGUUAUACAGCUUCGUUGGCUAGAAGUAAAGGCGUACCAGCCAAUGUGAAGGGCAAAGGUCGACAGGAUGCUGUGUGGGAUGUUGAUACCUUCGAGGAAUGGAGUGAAGGAGUUUUCAGGGUUGGCGUUGCUGGUUUGCGUUCUCCCAAUAAUGAGGAAGAUGACGAAGACCAUGACUCGGAUGUAUCGUAA